AUGCGGGAAAGAGUGCAGCAAUACCGAAUCGAUCCCCAUCAAGGGAGUCGAUAUUUCCGCGAAAAUCCAUCACGUCGAAGACAGAAAAAAAAAUCCGACACUGCUGAUAAGCUGCACGACUUCAUGACCGAUUGCAAGAACAUCUCUCAUGCACCAGAUGAAGAAGAGAAUAAUUCAUGCAUUCCUCUUCCGUUUAUUUCCUCCUACAUCUUCCGCUUUCUUCCGGUGUACAGAGAUGUUCCGUUCUCUUUUCUCGACGCCGACGACGACGACGACGACGACGACUCACGAUCAAUAAGUCAUAAAUCACGUCAGGAUGGCAUUGACGGAGCGGAAACCCGGCCAGCUGAAUAA